AAGAAACAAACCACAAAGUCACUACCAUGCUGCCUUCCAGUGGAAUUCUUUUUAUUUUACUGCCCGUUAGUUUAUGGUGGACCAGAAGCAAUGGUUACAGUAGUACAGUCAGAACAACAAACAAUGACAAUAGUUCAACUAUAGAUACGACUUCACCUACACACCAAGGAACUUCACAUCAGCUAGAUCUUACUGGAACUAACGGAAUAACUACUCCUGCUAUAAGCCAUGUUACGCCAACAACGGCCAAUAAAAAUGCAACAACAAAAAGUACAGUAAUAGAGAUUAACACUCAAAGUAACAGUGUAACUCAGAGAUCCACUAAUGGCACAGAGUUAUUUUCGACUUCGCAUGUGGAUAAGGGUUCAACGGAUGGCACAAAUACCCCUGCCAAAAAUGUCAACAGAAUCUCACCAUCUUCAACAAUAUCCAUAACCAUGACUGACUUGUCCACAGCGACUGAAAGCAACAUGCCUACAAAUGCUGGUGUAUCAUCGAAAACGGAAGCCAAAAACUUCACUUCAGUCACCUAUAAGACCAGUUCUACUGCAACAAUCUCCACCAAAGACUCUCUAAAGAGCUCCACAGAAGUCUCAUCCACGAACAGUCCAUCAAAUACACUGACCACAUUAUCCACACACCAGAGUGGCAGUGUCACAACAGACUUCAAAACAAUUUCACAGACUACAAAAACCGUACACCAGAAUUUCACCAACCAUUCUAUAGUCCCAUCAAAUCCGAAAGAACCUAACAAAGAGAAUCGCCACAGUGCAGGAGUUGUGCUUGGUGCAAUUGUAGGAGCCAUUCUAGGAUCUGCAUUAAUUGUUCUGAUUGGGUACUUUAUAUGUGGGAAGAGAAAGUCUGGCUCAUUUUCCCAUCAGCGACUUUAUGAUAACACAAGGAGUGAACCAGGUCUCCGAUUAGAUAAUUCAUCUCAUGAUGUGAGCUUCGGUGAUUUGUCUUACUACAAUCCCAGCACAACAAAUGAGCCAGCAGCACAGAACAGCAGAGGAAGACCAUAUGAUGGCAUUCCAAUGGGUGACAUGACUUCAUCUCAACCCCCAGCAUAAUGUCUGGGGGUAACGUCCGCUGGCUUCAGAUUACAAACUCGUUUAUGAUCUAUGUGCCUUGUUUUACAUACAUUGCUCCCACAGUAUUUUGCAAGUUUAUUUUCCCUGAAGUAAUCCUAUGGCUAUUAACAUGAAAGGCUUUGGAUAGCAUAUCUGAAAUCACAAGGUAUAUUAACACAUGCCAGUCAUACACUGCUGUGCCAGAGCACCACUGUCCCAGUUGGUAAUUAAACUAAAUUCAAUGUUCAAUCUGCUUCUGUGUUAAAAGGCACUAUGCUAUCUUUUAAAAAACAAUAUUAGUAAACUGCACAGAAACAGGAAAAAUCCUGUUUGUUGCACCUGGGCAACUUCCUUUGGCUUCAGUCGAGGUUGCAAACAUGUAAUGGAGCAAAAUACAACCAGGAUCCUAAGGAAAGUUUAGCACCAAGACAAAAUAACCAUAAUGACUAUCUUGAUGAGAAGCAGCUUUCUUCAAAUGUCAUUUCCAUCAAAUCUGCGGCUCGGGGGAUUUCCUCCUCGCCUUGAUAUUUGCAUCUUCCCGAGAGAAAAAGCUAUAAGGCACUGGUUUUAAUUAUAUUACUUACAGCUUGCAAUUUGCCAGGCCAAAGUGAAUUACUGUUUAUCAUGAAGAGAAUUUGCUCACACUGAUAGACUUACAAUUACUACAAAAAGGAGACCACAAGAAUGAAUAGUCAACACUUCCUCCUCCUCUGCACCAGUUGGUUUAUUAUCUGCAUUGCAGGUUAGGAUCUGUAGAAAUGAUGCAGCAUAUUUUGGGAUGGGCUACGUGGAAGGAAGGAAUUCUCUUUGGGUAAAAAAUAUAAAAAGAAUCCAGAGAACCACAGACUAGUUUAAAAUCUUGCUCAUUCAGCAAGUCUAAAAAUCAUUGAGACAUCCAAAAUAAUAGUAUAAUGUAUCUGUUUAUAGCUACCUAAGAUGCCUUAAGACAUAAGAAGGACUUUAUGAAGGUAAAAUAUUACUGGUUAAAAACAACAUGAUGCUUAGGGGUCUCAAAGAUUAAGGGGCUUAAUAUUUGUGUGGGACAUAUGUUUAUUGCUGUGGAUCUUAAUGUGUGUUAUUAAGAGUGGACACUUUGGGCCCAGUCAGUGGAGCUACACCCACGAAUAUCAGAUGAGAACUUGGCCACGAGUGUGUUAAGUUCACAAAGAAAAAAGAAAUGAGAUGUUAAACUUCACUCAUUUGCAACUGUGAUAAUCUAAUGUAAGUA